UUGCGAAGAAAGAAAUUUUUUAAUAUUUUAAUUAUAAGUUCAAUAAUAAGUUUUAGUUGUUUUUUUAUUAUAAAUUUAAAAUUUGUAUUAAGAACAUCUCGAUUUAGUGGAUUAGUAACGCAACAAAUUUUGGAAACAAUUAAUAUUGAUGACAAUUUAGUUCAUAAUUUUGAUAUUUACAUUGCAAGAGACUACAAAAAUUACUCAAAAUCAAAAAUUAAAUAUCCCUUUGCCGUUGAAAAUAGUAAUAAAAUUGGUGGAAUUCGUCAAUUACCUGAUACUAGAUCUGAAAGUUGUAAAAAUCAAAUUUAUGAUUUACCAGAUGAUAUUACUGUAUCUGUGAUAAUAACAUUUUAUAAUGAAGCAAGAUCAACACUUUUACGGACAAUUGUUUCUGUUUUACAAAGGACACCGUUGAAAUAUUUAAAAGAGAUCAUCGUUAUAGAUGAUUUUAAUGAAGAUGAUACCCAAGGAAUCGAUUUACAAUUUCUUCCAUUGAUAAAAUUAAUUCGUAAUAACAAAAGAUUUGGUGUUAUUAAAUCACGUAAUAUUGGUGCAAAAUUAGCAACCGGAAAAUAUAUUUUCUUUUUGGAUAGCCAUUGUGAAUUGAAUGUAGGAUGGUUGGAACCAUUAAUAUCUAGAUUAUACUUAUAUCCAAAAUCAGGAGUAAGUCCUAUAUUAGACAUAAUAAAUUCAAAAACAUUUCAAUAUGAAAAAGGUAAAUCAUAUCUAAAAGGUGGAUUUGAUUGGAAAUUAAAUUUUAAUUGGAUACCAAUGACAGAAAAGGAACGUGUAUCUAGAAUUAAAAAUGGUUAUGAUGAAACAGUUCCUUUUGCGAGUCCAGCAUUUUCUGGUGGUAUAUUCAUGAUGUCUAAAGAAUGGUUUUUAACGUUGCAAGGAUUCAAUGAGCUUUUGAAAAUGUGGGGAGGCGAAUCAAUAGAAAUGGCUAUAAAACUUUGGUGUUGCGGUGGUCAAAUUGAUAUUGUACCAUGCAGUCGCGUAGGUCAUUUAUUUACACAAGAACAUUCUUUUGAUUUACCAAUGGCUCAUAAUGCUGGUACAUAUAUAAGUAAUACUAAAGUGAUAGCUGAAUCCUGGUUAGAUGAGUAUAAGUACUUUUUUUAUUCAAUAAAGCCUAAAGCAUCAGCUAUAGAAAUGCCUGAUACAAGUCGAAUUAAUGAGCUUAAAGAAAAGCUGCAAUGUCAAUCGUUCUCAUGGUUCUUACGAAAUGUAAUGCCAGAAAUGAGGUUACCAAAUGAAGAAUAUAUUGCUUUCGGUAAACUAACAUCUGGUAAUAAAUGUUUAUCUAUUAAAAGAAUAAUAGGAAAAAAUACUUUAAAAGAACAAAAUAAAACUAAAUUAAUUAUGAAAAAUUGCCAGGAUACAGACGUAACCGAUUGGUAUUUACAUUCAACAACUGGAAAAUUGAGUACAAAAUCCGGUACAGAUUGUAUAAAUGUAAUGAGAAAAACUGAAAAUGUUAUAGUAGAAAAAUGUAAUAAUAAUGAAAUAGAAUUUUCUAACAGUAUUUCUAAUAAUAAUAAUAACAAUGUGUAUAAUAAUAUUAAUUUUGAGAAUCAAAAUACGAAAAAUAUGAAUAAAAUUUUUUCAACAUCGUUAUUAUUAAGAAGGGAUAGAGAAGCGUAUAAUAUGAUGAAUGGUGGUACACAAAGUUGGAUACGUUCUGGUGAAAAUCUAAUACAUAAAGAUACUCAACUAUGUUUAGAUAAUUUUAACAAAGAUAAAAUUACUGUUAGUUUAUGUCGUCGUGGUAAUCCAUCACAAUUAUUUAGUUUUUCAGUUGAAUUACAAAAGUUAUGAUAUUAAUAUUUCAACAUACACUAUAGAAUGUUAAUGUUCUAUAGGGAAAAUAUAACAUUUUGAACACUGUAUAUAAUGUGAAGACGUGUAAAUUAGUGACAGGGAAUUGGAAAAGAAUACACGGUGGUAUCAUAAAGAGACAAAACUAUCCUAGGAAAAAAAACUUUUUCUAUUUUCUAUUUUACAAAAAAAAUGAGCUAUAAGUAAUAAUAAGUAUGUAAUUUAUAAUUUGAAGUUUCGUAGAACUACAUGUACUACAUAACUUUUUAUUAUUUUGAAAUUUUGAAUAUAUAUAGUUUAUUAAAGAUUAAAAUCUGUUAUACAUUGUACAAAAUGUAAAAAUAAUUAAAAGUAAUAAGAAAAUAAAAUAUUUGUGAUAUUAAAUUAGUCGAUAACAGUAGAGUUGAUUGAAGUUCACAUCAUAUGACAUAAAAAUUAGCAGGACGCGAUAUCGCAACAAAAAUUGAAAAUGUUUAUUUUGAAUAAAUUAUUUAAAAAAUAAAACGAAAAUCACAAAUUAAAGAGCAAAAAUAAAAUUAUUCAAAUAAAUUGAUUAAACAUAGCCGAACUUGUUAUAUUAAUAUUUCAUAAUCCUUCUGAAAGGUGCUAACUUUGUAUUGCGGUAAAUUUGUAUAUUUGUAAAUUUUUAAAACCGGCUAAUGGUGCGCCACGACCACAUAUAAGAAUGUAUUGUAUUCUUUCCACUGAGUGCAAAGCAUAGCUAUCCAGCAAUUGCGCCGCCGUGAGAGCAAAGUAGCCCAGUAUUUCGCUUCUCCUAGGAGUGAGAGUAACACAUUUCUUCUAAAUAGGGUAUUUAGGUCUCCUAAUAUUCCUCACAGAACCUGCAAAACGUGGUCACUUCAGCGGUAAUAUAAUAUAUAAGGAUGUUUAAUAUAAGGGAAUUUACUAAAAAUGAUUUUAGAAUUGAAUUAAAUAUACUAAAUUUUUUUAAGUGCCUUAAAAAAUUUAACUUGCUAGCGUACUUAAUUUGU